GCGAGGGAGCGGCGCGGCCGGGGGGGACGGAGGAGCCACGGGCCGGGCAGGCCUAGCUCUGAGGUGGCGGCGGCGGCGGCGUGGGGAUGGAGCCUCUGCGGGUCCUGGAGCUGUACAGCGGCAUUGGGGGUAUGCACCACGCGCUGAGAGAAAGCUGUAUACCUGCACAGGUGGUGGCUGCGGUUGAUGUAAACACUGUUGCUAACGAAGUAUACAAGUAUAAUUUUCCUCACACACAGUUACUGGCCAAGACAAUCGAAGGCAUUACACUAGAGGAGUUUGACAGAUUAUCUUUCAAUAUGAUUUUAAUGAGCCCUCCUUGUCAGCCAUUCACAAGAAUUGGCCUGCAAGGUGAUGUGACUGAUCCAAGGACGAAUAGCUUCUUAUAUAUUCUAGAUAUUCUUCCAAGAUUACAAAAAUUACCGAAGUAUAUUCUUUUAGAAAAUGUUAAAGGUUUUGAAGUAUCUUCUACAAGAGACCUGUUAAUACAAACAAUAGAAAAUUGUGGCUUUCAGUACCAAGAAUUUCUGUUGUCUCCAACCUCUCUUGGCAUUCCGAAUUCAAGGCUGCGGUAUUUCCUUAUUGCAAAGCUUCAGUCAGAGCCGUUCCCUUUUCAAGCCCCUGGUCAGGUACUGAUGGAGUUCCCCCAAACUGAAUCUGAACAUCCACACAAACAUGCGAUAGAUGCAGAAAAGAAAAUUGAUGAAAAGAAAAUUGAGCCAAGUAUUUACUUUGAUAGCAGCAUGCAGUGUUCUGGAAAAGAGGCCAUUCUUUUUAAGCUUGAAACUGCAGGAGAAAUUGAGAGGAAACAUCAACAGGACAGUGAUCUCUCUGUGCGCAUGCUGAAAGAUUUUCUUGAAGAUGACAUUGACAUGAAUUCAUACUUCUUACCACCAAAGUCAUUGCUGCGAUAUGCUCUUUUGCUGGACAUUGUUAAGCCCACUUCCAGAAGGUCCACGUGCUUUACAAAAGGUUAUGGACGCUACGUAGAAGGAACAGGAUCUGUGUUGCAGACCACAGAGGAUGUGCAGAUUGAGAACAUCUACAAGUCCCUUACCAAUUUGUCACAAGAAGAAAAGAUAGCAAGGUUGUUAAUGCUUCAGCUUCGAUUUUUCACUCCUAAAGAAAUAGCAAAUCUCCUUGGAUUUCCUCCAGAGUUCGGAUUUCCUGAGAACACAACCGUCAAACAGUGUUACCGUCUCCUUGGAAAUAGUCUCAAUGUGCAUGUAGUAGCCAAACUAAUCAAAAUCCUAUGUAAAUGAUUUUUAAAUAACUCUGAAAGAUGGUCACAGUUCUCCAUCAUAUCCAGAUAAUAAUUCUGGAAUUCUUUUUUGAAUUAAUUUUGAGAAAAUUCAACUCAAUUAUCUUGCUCGUUAAUGAGAAAUUUGGAUUUAUCAGGAAAAUGCCAUUUUGUUUCCUUCAAUUUAUAUUACUGUGUUUUGUAAGGUGAAAAUUAUUGUUAUACUUUAGGAGAAUAUAUUUUCAUAUGAAAUUGUUAAAUAUGUAUGUAAAAUAUUCCCUUAAUAAUAUUAUGGUAUAGACAAAUUAAGGAACAUUAGAAUUUUAAUGUCUACAUGAAUAUUUUACAAGGUGUCAUAGCAGGCAUACUAUAUGACCUUGAGAAACUGUGUAUUUGUGUA